AUGACCGCUUUGAAUGGGCAUCUGAACUCGCCAGUCCCUAAGGGGAAAAUAUAUCACUGUCUCAACAAGGGUGGCUGUGAUGAGGAGUUCAUCUCGCUUGGCGGUUUGUUCACUCACCUGGAGAGUGAGUCGUGUGGAUAUAUCCGGCUCGGAGAUGUUCCAAAGAUCCACCGGCAACUUAACGACGCUAUUCUGAAUCAAGAGAUGAUCACUGGACGCUGGAAUCUGAUCGAUAAAGACAAUGAUUGUCUUACUUGA